UUCUUGUAGUUCUACAAUCAAAAUGCCCUCCUCCCUUUCUCUCCCUCUCCACAACAUUCUGUCCCACCCUCACUCUUGGUUGGCUCUUCGAAUCCUCAAAAAAGCCUCCCCACUUUUUCUAAAUUUCCCACAUGGGAUCUUGAUGUCGAGCUUCCAUUAUUGAUCUUCAUAGGUUCUCUGAAGUUUUCUAGAUCACAACUAUCUCUUUACUCUCUAAAAACCCUCGUUACUUUCUCUCUCUAAAUUCCCACGUGCCUUCUUGAGGUUGCGAGCUUCAAUUCUGUCGCUAAUCUGGAAUGAUUCUUUGAAGAUUUGCGUAUUCAUCAAGAUCUAAAUAUCUAUGUCGCUUCAUCAAUAUUACAAAUGGUCAUCAAUAUCUAAACUCCUUUAUGGGUUCUUGAGAUCGAGUUUCCAUUACUGACCUUAAAUGGUUGUUUGAAGAUUUGGGUGUUAAUCAAGAUUACAAAUGGUCAUCAAUAUCUUCAUUAUUCUGCUGCUUCUUCCUUUGGCUGUUUCAGCUGACCAAGAUGCCUUCAUCGGAGUAAACAUAGGCACAGCCCUCUCCGACAUGCCAAACCCAACCCAAGUCGUAGUCCUUCUCAAAUCUCAACAAAUCCGCCAUGUCCGCCUCUACGACGCCGAUCCGGCCAUGCUCCUAGCCCUCUCCGGCAGCGGAAUCCAAGUCACAGUCACCGUUCCCAACCAACAACUCCUCGCCAUCGCUCAAUCCAACGCCACCGCCGCCAAUUGGGUAUCCCGUAACAUCCUCCCACACAUCACCACCACCAACAUCACCGCCAUUUCAGUCGGAAACGAAGUCCUCACCACCACCCCAAACACCGCAUCCAUCCUAGUCUCCGCCUUAAAAUACAUCCAUUCCGCCCUAAUCGCCGCCAGUCUAGACUCUCAAAUCAAAGUCUCCACCGUCCAUUCUUCCUCCAUUAUUCUCGAUUCCUUCCCUCCGUCGCAAGCCUUCUUUAAUCGGACAUGGGAACCUGUAAUGGUUUCAUUGCUAGAAUUCCUCCAAUCCACCGACUCAUACCUCAUGCUUAACGUCUACCCGUAUUCCGAUUACAUCCAAUCAAACGGCGCAAUUCCGUUGGACUACGCCCUAUUCCGCCCUCUGACGCCGGAAAAAGAAGCCAUCGAUUCCAACACCCUUUUACACUACACAAACGUCUUCGACGCUGUGGUGGAUGCAGCGUAUUUCGCGAUGUUGUAUCUAAACUACACAAACAUUCCGAUCGUUGUAACGGAAUCCGGUUGGCCAUCAAAAGGUGAUUCCAACGAACCAGACGCCACCCUCGAUAACGCCAAUACCUACAACAGUAACUUGAUCAAACAUGUUUUAAACACCACCGGAACUCCAAAACACCCCGGAGUAGCCACCAGUACGUACAUCUACGAGCUUUAUAACGAAGAUUUGAAACCGGGAUCGGUGUCGGAAAAAAACUGGGGGCUUUUUGAUUCAAAUGGGAAGCCGGUUUAUGUGCUUCAUUUGAUUGAUUCUGGGUCUGUGUUAGCGAAUGACACCACCGACGAGACUUAUUGUGUGGCUAAGAAAGACGCCGACAAGAAGAUGUUGCAGGCGGCGUUGGACUGGGCGUGUGGGCCGGGGAAGGUGAAUUGUUCGGUGAUGUUGCAGGGUGAACCGUGUUAUGAGCCGGAUACGGUGGUGGCACAUGCGACUUACGCUUUUGAUUCUUAUUAUCACCGGAUGGCCAUGGCUGACGGAACCUGCAACUUCAAUGGCGUCGCUACCAUUUCAACCACUAAUCCAAGUCGCGAUGGUUGUACUUUUCCGGGAAGUGGUGGGAGUAAUGGAAGCUUCAUCAAUGGAACAUCUGUGGCUCCGUCUACGAAUUCUACCACAUCGGUAGGGUUUUCAGUGUUGGAUUCUGUUUCUUUCGUUCGAGUUUUUGGUGCAUGUCUCUGGACGAUGGCAUUUUUGUAAAUUGUACGUUUGUAGUUUGUUGAUUUUAGUUUGUAGAGACAAGUGAAGCCAUGCAAAAAAAUGCACUUGCUUUUGAUGGUAUUCGAUUCUUGCUAACGUUUUACUAGAUUAGAUAGUUGUUAUCAGUUAUGUCGACAGAAUUAGGUGAGUCACAUAACAUUAAUUUGGGAUGAUGUACUUGCUUUUGAAAUUGGUGGGACUUCUCUUGUAGUGAGAGAUGUAUUUAAGAAGUCAAUUCAUUUUUGUAAGAAAUUAAA